AGCGAGGAGAGUUCCGAUUCAGAGGAAGAACGCGCCAACCGCUUGGCCGAGCUGCAGGAGCAGGGCCCCGUUUCCAAACCUAAAAAGAAGCGGGAAAAGAAGAAAAAGAAAAAAUCCGAAAAGCACAAAGCUCGAGGAGGUGACGACGAAGCCAGGGCGCGUCAGGCUCAACUCCGCAAAGCCAAGAAAGCCGGAGGCGGNNGGAGUGAUUUUUUUCCCUCUAGGAACUCCAAAAAAGCGGCGAAAGCGGCGUUACCGCCCCCGUCGGCGCUUUACGAUUCGGAGGAAGAGGAGGAAAGCAAACCGAUGACGUACGAUGAGAAACGUCAACUCAGUUUAGACAUCAACAAACUCCCGGGUGAGAAAUUGGGGCGCGUUGUGCACAUCAUCCAGUCGCGAGAACCCUCCCUCCGCGACUCCAACCCCGAAGAAAUCGAAAUCGAUUUCGAGACCCUCAAACCCUCGACGCUGCGGGAACUGGAACGUUACGUCCUCUCCUGCCUGCGGAAGAAACCCCGCAAGCCCUACAGCGAAACCAUGAAGAAGCCGGUGGGGAAAACGAAAGAGGAGCUGGCGCUGGAAAAGAAGCGGGAGCUGGAGAAGCGGCUGCAGGACGUCAGCGGGCAGCUCAACUCCGCCAAGAAGCCCCCAAAGAAGG